AUUUCAAGAUGGCUUCUGGCGGAGGCGAAUGGUGUUUGAUUGAGAGCGAUCCUGGUGUAUUCACUGAAUUAAUUCGAGGUUUUGGAUGUUCUGGCAUUCAAGUGGAAGAGAUUUACAGCCUUGAUGAGGCAUCUCUCGAUGAGUUAAGACCAGUUCAUGGUUUAAUAUUUCUUUUCAAAUGGAAGCCUGGUGAAGAGCCUGCAGGGCCUAUUGUGCAUGAAAGUCGAUCUCUUGGCAUAUUCUUUGCAAAGCAAGUUAUCACAAAUGCCUGUGCAACACAAGCAAUUUUAAGUGUGCUUCUCAACUGCAAUCAUCCAGACAUGGAUCUUGGACCAACCCUGUCAAGCUUUAAAGAAUUUUCAGCAACAUUUGAUUCAUCAUUAAAGGGGCUCAGUCUCAGUAACUCUGAUGUUAUAAGACAAGUUCAUAAUGGUUUUGCCAGGCAACAGAUGUUUGAAUUUGAUGCCAAACUUCCUCCAAAAGACGACAAUGUAUAUCACUUUGUUGCAUAUGUUCCAAUUCUUGGUAAACUUUAUGAGCUGGAUGGCUUAAGAGAUGGGCCUAUUGACCUUGGACCAUGUACUCCUGAAAACUGGCUCGCCACAUGCAAACCAAUCAUUGAAACAAGAAUGCAGAAAUACUCAGCAGAGGAAAUUCACUUCAAUCUCAUGGCAAUUGUUUCAUCAAGGAAAGCUCUUCACCUUAAAGACAUUGACAGACUAAACCAGAGGAAGCAACAUAUUCUGGAUCAGCUGGAAGAAUUAAAAAGCCGGACUUCAGCUGAGGGAGGGGAGGGAAUGGAGACAGACCAGAUGGCAACAUCGGUCAAUGAUUGUCAGGCUAUUUUAAAGAAUAUCGAUGGUGAACUUUCUCGGCUACAGACACUUAUUGCUGGAGAAGAUGACAAAAUGUUGCGAUAUAAGGUUGAAAACAUAAGAAGAAAACACAACUAUCUACCACUGAUUAUGGAACUUCUAAAAGUUCUGGCCAAACAAGGAAACCUGGUGCCAUUGGUGGAGAAAGCAAAAGAGGAAGUACAGGCCAAGAAGGCAGAACAGGCUAAAUAAAGCAAUGAGAUGUUUCUUUUGUUUCAUAAGCAACAACUGUACAGCAGCAAUUUAUGAGUUAUUAAAAAGUUUCUGUAUA